CGACGCGUGCCGCCGAUGAAGAAAACCGGCGACCGCCAGUCGUCGUUCUUACUCGCGUGCACUCGCUCGUGACUCGUGACUCGUGAUAGUAACAGCGGCGAGCGUGCUUGCCGUGCCGAAUCGUUCGCGCGAAACGGCUACCGAAACAGAUCGUUCGCCGAGUGUCGACCGCCGUCGGUGGACCGUCCGUCGCGAGAGUCCCCGCCAGAGGAUAGACGCGUCCGUACGCCGCGACGACCGCUGCAUGUACACAAGGCGCAGGUGACAGCGAGAGAGAGCCACGGCCGCGGGACAUCCUCGAGAGGAACGCAUCCUCGCCGGCUACCUGGGCGACGAGAAACCGUGGACGAGGUUGUUCCAACGGGAUUCGCUACGGGAUCACCAGCCACGUAAACAAAGAGAGGAGCCAAGAUGACGAGCAUAGUGGCGGAUCUGGUGCACGGGUACAGGGACCUCAUGGAUAACAAAUCCGAUCCCAGGGUGAAGAGUUGGGCGAUGAUGAGCAGUCCGUUGCCGACGAUGGCGAUAUGCAUGUGUUACGCUUAUUUCAGCAAGGUUUUGGGACCGAGGAUAAUGGAGAACAGAAAACCCUUCACCCUCCGUCGAAUCCUAAUAGUGUACAAUUUCAUACAGACGAUAUUCUCAUCAUGGAUCUUCUACGAGUACUUGAUGAGCGGCUGGGCGAAAGGAUACAGCUUCCGGUGCCAGCCGGUCGACUAUUCGAACAACUCGAUGGCGCUGCGAAUGGCGGAGACGUGUUGGUGGUACUACAUCAGCAAGUUCACCGAGUUCUUCGAUACUCUAUUUUUCAUCCUGAGGAAGAAGAACCAGCAGGUGUCGACGCUGCACGUGAUCCACCACGGAAUCAUGCCGUUCUCCGUAUGGAUGGGGAUGAAGUUCGCGCCAGGAGGCCAUAGCACUUUCUUCGCCCUGUUGAACACCUUCGUGCACAUAAUUAUGUACUUCUACUAUAUGGUGGCCGCGAUGGGCCCGGAGUAUCAGAAGUACAUCUGGUGGAAGAAGUACCUGACUACAUUGCAAAUGGUACAAUUCGUGAUGAUCAUGACCCACCAGUUCCAGCUGUUGUUCAUCGAGUGCAAUUACCCGCGCGGCUUCAUGAUCUGGAUCGGUCUGCACGGCGUGCUGUUCCUGGGUCUGUUCUCGGACUUCUACAAGGCCAAGUACGGGGACCGGACGAAGGGCAGGGGGAACAAGUCGCGGCAGAGCUCGCAGAACGGUUCGGCGGGCGGGCUGUGCAUGCCGGUCCUAGACGACUCGAAGUCGCAGCAGAACGGCGUGUCGUCGUACGCGACGAUCUACAACAAGGAGUACAACAGCUGUUACAGCAACGGGACAAACAACGGCUACGUGGCCAACAACAACACAGAGAAGAAGCUCGCUUAGGACAGCCCGCGUCGGCGGCGGCAGCGGCAGCGGCAGCGGCGUCUGAUUGUGGGGGACAAGCUCGGGGCACCGGAUCGAUCGCGCGAAACAUAUUUAAACUCAUCGUCGCUGCAGGGCUCGAGCUCUCGGCGGCAGCGGCUCCGCGGGCCGCGCUCGGCUCCGGCGGGCACUAGGGCGGGGCCUACGCCGGCCGGGGGCGGGGCUUGCGGGCCGGCGAGGGUUCAAGGCCGCCGGAGAGGGGACCGGAACGAGUCGCGGAGACGCUCGACGGCCGGCUAGCGGCGUCGUUUCGCUUUCCGGGAGCCGUCGUCCGAACGAGCCAACACCGUUGCUCGAGAGCUGCCGAGAGGCCGACGUCAUCGCGGAACGGGUUGUCGCCGCGAGAACUCGAGUGUACCGAUCACACACGUCAGAAUCGUCACCAGCGGGUGAAGGUGUCAAUGGAAGCACUCGUCGUGCCCAGCGAUCAUUGUAGCGACUCUGAUUCUUUUGUAAGUCCGUCGAGCGGACCGGUAUAGACGAGACGAGGUGGAACGACGCCGGACGAGAAUUUAAAACGCGCACACGGCCCCCGCGAUCCUCGAUCCGGAUCCACGAUCGGGAUCCCACGGGCCCUCGUCGGAUGGUCCGAUUCCGUUCUUUCCAAGCGCGUCGCGUUGCCUGCGCUGCCGAUCGCGUGUGCAAUUCUUUUGCGUUCGUGUGCGUGUCCGCAUGCUUGUGAGACAUAGAAAGAGAGACAGUGUAUGUGUGUAUGAGAGAGAGAGAGAGAGAGAGAGAGAGGAGAGAGAGAGUGAGACAGAGAGGCGAACGGUAUGAGAGAGGAACGAGAGUGUGCUACAUAAAUUUUCCUGUUGUUAGAGAGAGACUCGAUUCUUCGGGGCCAGGCACGCGCGCGUUCUCUCGUCGGGACGCGCCGGAGAUAACGACGAUCCCACAAACCUUCCACCCCCUACGUCUAGUGGUGUGCGGGUACCUAAACGCUUCGGGAUAUAGUUCGGGGUUGGGCACCGGGGUUUCAACGAAGCGGGACAUCCGAUAUACCGCGCGAGGGCGCAACACACAUCCGCGCGCAACACACAGAGGACACGGACGAAGAUGUUUUUUUUAUUCUCCUCGGACCGACCGUCCCGCGGGAUCAUUUCCACCAGCGUCGUAUGCUGUACGCGGAUCCUUCUUUUCUUUCGUUUUGUAGAAACCUUGGGGAGGGAGGGAGGGAGGGGCGUUACGAAUCAUGAUUUAAGUAAUGUAAUUAUUUAUUUUAUAUUGGAAUAUAAGAGAUCACGUCUGAAAACUCUGAAUCACCGAAUCUUGCAUAUACACCAGCAUCUCUCUGUCGCACGCGUGCGCGCAGGUUGCUCGAUCCGAGGCCAGCUAAUUCAGCGUCUUCUUCUUCUUCUUUUGCGAUCGUACGAAUGCGUCACAUUUUGCUUCCGGUCUGCUGGACGCCGGUGUCGCGCGAACGAUUCGAUAAUUCAACGCUCGGCUGUGACGCGAUUAGACCGCCGCGCCUGUACACGCGAGACCGUAGCCAGGCGACCUUGAGAACCACGAAGAAGAGGAAGAUGUUCUCUGCGGAAGAUGUUCUUCCUUCGGAGAAAUCGUACGGAAUGCAUAGCUCGCGCGAUCGCGACCGAGGAAGAUGCUUUUCGAUCAGCCGCUUUCGGUCGGACCGCGCACCUGCGUGCACGCGCGUAUGUAUAUAUGUUGUACAUACAUGUGUGUAUACGUCACCUGCAGGAAAACGUUUACCGACCACGAGAAACUUUGACGACGGCCCGGUCGUACCAGAACCUUGGAUACCCGCAGACCUCUACCAGUUAACCGUUACACCUCCUUUAUCGUUGUCCGACUCUCUAAUUGCCCGGGUCGCGUCCGAAGCGACGACACCGAUCUCACAGACACCGUUUUCACCCGAGAGAACCCGCUGGAACCCGCUACCUCACACCUGUACAAGAGAGCCAGCCCUCUCGUCGACGUUUUGGCUCGACGUUAGAACGGCUCCGCGCGGCUUCAACGUCCCGCGACGGGCUCUGCUUUUCCCGUCGUAGAGGGUCGUCGAAGCGUUCGACUACCGCGCCCGAUGAUCCACUCCCCCCCUGUGAUCAUCAGGGGGGAAUCCUGAAUUUCCAUGAAACGGUCGAAAGUAGAAAGAGAAAAAACGAAUGUCUUUUGUAUAACUGCGGGAACUCGGAAACUAUUAAAGAUGAGAAUGUACUUCUAAAAAAAAAUUAUACAUUUGUUGGCAACUGCGAACAGAA